UGGGCUCAAAGGCGGCGCGAGGAGAGACCCAAGUUGCGCCGUUGCUCUUCCUCUUCUCCUCCGACUCCCGCCGUCAAGAACCCUGCCGGGUGUCCCGCCUUCGUUCCCCUCCCCCGGCAGUGCUGUCAUGUGACUGGUUCAGGUCAGGAACGGGAAGAGGAAGCGGCGCCGUUGCCCGCAGCUCAAGCCUCGUCGGGCCCAGAUGUGAGCCGAAUGGAGACGCCUUCGGGGGACCCUCGUCGGCAUCGCCUGCUCGUGGCGAAGGAGGAUGCUGCGGUGGCGGCGGCGGCGGAGGGUGAGCCCCUCCUAGUGGCUGAACUGAAGCCUGGGCAGCCCCAGCCAUUCUACUGGAAAUCAACUUGUGAGACGUGGAGCGUGGCCUUCUCCCCAGAUGGUGCUUGGUUCGCUUGGUCUCAGGGCCACUGUGUCGUCAAGCUGCUCCCUUGGCCUUUGGAGGAAUCUGAGCAGAGCUGCAAAACCUGGGAGCGCAAGAGCCACUAUAUCAAAAGUGAAGCCAGUGGUCGAGGAGGGGAAAAGGAGAAGACGUUGGAGUGUGGUCAGAUUGUGUGGGGCUUGGCCUUUAGCCGAUGGCUUCCUCCCAGCUCCAGAAAGCAUGCUUCCUGCUUGGUUCUUGCCACGGGACUAAAUGAUGGGCAGAUUAAAGUCUGGCAGGUGGAGACAGGGAGUUUGUUGUUCAACCUGUCUGGGCACCUGGAUGUUGUGAGGGACCUGAGCUUUGCACCUGGUGAGAGCUGCUCCAUCCUUGUCUCUGCUUCCCGAGACAAAACCCUGCGCGUCUGGGACCUGAGCCAGAAUGGAAGACAACUCCAGGUGCUGUCUGGUCACGUGCAGUGGGUCUACUGCUGCUGCAUCUCCCCCGAUGGUCACAUGUUGUGUUCAGCGGCUGGAGAGAAGUCGGCUCUCCUGUGGAGUAUGCACUCCUACAGCCUCCUGCGGAAGCUGGAAGGACACCAGGGCUGUGUUGUAUCAUGCAACUUCUCUCCAGAUUCAGCGCUCCUUGCGACCGGCUCCUACGAUGCCUCUGUGAUCCUCUGGGACCCCUGUACAGGGGAGCAAAUGAGAUCCCUUUGCCACAUUCCAUUGCAGUCAUCCCUGGACCAUAGCAGUGACUACCACGCCAGCUCCUUACGAUCUGUAUGCUUCUCCCCUGAAGGACUUUAUCUUGCAACAGUGGCAGAUGACAGGCUGCUGAGGAUCUGGGCCUUGGAGCUGGGAAGCCCAGUUUCUUUUGCCCCCGUGAAGAAUGGACUCUGCUGUACUUACUUCCCAUAUGGUGGAAUCAUUGCUACGGGGACAAGAGAUGGUCACGUCCAGUUUUGGACUGCCCCCCAGGCUCUUUCCUCCCUCAAGCACCUGUGUCGUAAAUCCAUCCGCCACUUCCUCUCGACUUACCAGGUUCUGGCACUGCCCAUCCCCAGAAAGAUGAAAGAGUUCCUCACCUACCGGACUUUGUGAAGCUGCUGUUUCUGAGCCACAGCUAGAUAUUCUACGAUGUGUUGGCUUCCCCUUUUGCCAGCAAGAGGCAGCUGCGGUCCAGAGACUCCAUGCUUGGCAAGACCGAAGAAGACAAAAGGCUUUUGUCAUUACAUGGUGUAAGAGAACAGGCAAAAUGCCUCUUGACUGGUGCAGUAAGAUGCUGGAAAAGAAGCUGCAACAGUGUUGAUUACUAUGGACUAGAUUGCUUUGCACCAAGGAAGAAACGUGUGUCUUGCAGUGCAUUUGACUUGGGAAGUUCCCAUCCAAUGAGUCAGUCUGAAGUUUCUGUAUAUGGAUUUGAAAUCAAUUAACUCCUGGACACAGGGGAAAGAAAAUUUCAGAACUCUUCUUCCAUUGCAGGUAGGGGCUACUGUUGCAAGCCAGGCGUUAAUCAACAAUAUGCAGAAUGCUCUUUCUGGUCUUUCCUGCCCAAGGAGAAGACUGGGUCUGAAUCUAUCCCUGCAGCAGAAGAGAGACGAACACAAGAUCCUCGCUACUUGAAAAUGUGCCAGACUUAAAAGGCCUUUACAGAAAUCCAUACCUCAAAGCCAUAGUUGUUGAGCUUAGAACAAAAGCAGCCUAUACUCUAUCCAGAAAUCUUUAUGUGGUCCCAAGGACUUCGUAUGUAAUUAUGGGGCAGCUUUCCCCUCUGGGGUGGGGGGAGUGAAGGCUAAAAUAAUGGGUUGAGACUUCUGUCACAAUCUACCUUUGUUUCAACAAGAUACAAUUCAGCUGUUAAUUCAAGACUGACUGUAGAGUAACAUUAAUGAGUACUUUAAAAAAAAUCAAGCCUUAAGCCUCCCACAGAAUGUGUAAUGAGGCAAAAGCUUCAACUUGCAACACAACACUAGGGAGUUCUUCCCUCUGUAUGCCCACAAGGCUUGUGAACAAGAACUAAUGAAGAAAGCUUGAAUUUUCUAGCAAUGGGAGUAUUGUUUGCUGGGGUUUAGGAACCAUGGGCAUAAACUGGGAGGUGCAUUUUGAACAUGGGUUUAUCCUACAGUGCUUUCAGUGCAAUAUGCAACUUUUCAUUCUGAAAAUGUUAUUUUUACGCUACUAGAGUUCGAUCAGGGCAUAAAUAGUAAACUUGAGGUGCUAAAGUUGAUGCAUAUGCAGGGGGAGAGGGAAAAUAAACUGAUAUAAUAGUG